ACAGUCAAUGCCUCGUACUUGCGUUAGUAGCUUUGCGUAUGUUUAACUUCUUGCAUUAACAAUUGUAAUUUUAUUUCGUUUAUUUUAUUUUCAUUGACAAUUAUUCCUGCUCGAGUACUUGCGUCUCACUGUAUAUUGUAAGUAUGCCGAAAAUGGCGCUCCGAUUUAAGUGUACCGCAUCGGUUAUUACCUUGUUGUCGGCCUUGGUUAACGUGGCGGACUGUGGGUUGGGACACACCACGUGUUUUAAAGCAAGUACAUCAGACAGCGAACCAAAUCCGUACCAACACAUUCUCCAGUUCAAUAGAGGACAAUUCCAACGUAUACAGUGGCUGACGGCACCCAAUCUGAACCAAGAUUACUCGGUCUUAACGGCUUCCGAAAUAGGCAAGGAAAUCAAAUGCAACGACGCGUACUAUACGUUGAGGUAUCUGUAUAUGACGAAUCCGAGGAACUUUAGUGAUCGCAACCAAGUGUUUGCAAUACACAAGGCCAUCAACGAACAGUAUUCGGGGUGGACGAUGAAAAUGUUGGCGACUUCGUUCAACGUGGCCCAGAACGACAUCGAAAUGGACGUGCCGUGGCUGAUGUAUUUGUACAUCAAUUGGAUAGAAGAGCGCACUGCCAAUUAUGUGGGCAGCGAAAUGCGGACGUUCAUACAGCUCGCUCACGACGGGAUGAUUAAAGCGGUAGAAACCGCGAUGCAGGAUAAUGAUUGCACCAUGUUCUUUCCGGAGGUCGAAGGGGUUCCGGUGUCUGAGCGAAAAUUCUCCGAGUACAAGGUUGGCAUGGACAAUUGGAGACCGACAAAUGACAAUAAAGAAAACGCGGAUGCGGUGUCGGCAGUUCUGGGCGAGCAUUAUACCGACGUAGAUGAGAACUCCGGUCUGUACUGUUUCCAAGAGUUUCUGGACACUCUGCCUGCUGGUCCGGUACCAGGCGUUCGACCUGUGACCCAAGAAAGUUUGACUGCCAACUCGCUGUAUUUGAACGGGGUGUUCGCAAACGAAAGGCACAGCAAAGGGUUCACCCUGACGACGCAAUUCGAAGUGUUGGUACACGGAAAAGAUUUCAACGAUUAUUUAACGGAAAGAAUUGAAAAAGUCAAAAACGGCUCUACUCUUUCUUUUCGAGAGUACAUCAUCAAUCUGAGUUGGAUCCACAUGCACGUGCGAUCAUUUUAGACAUGAUGUUGUUGCGAAUAUUUUAUAAUUUCUUGGAGGAGUUGACAUUGUUAGAUGAUAAACAAUGGAAGAUACAAAUAGCCAAGUUCUUCAUACCUUACAGUGAAUGGUGUGUUUUUUUGCACCUUCCCAAAAAUAACCAGUUCUACCUGUUGCUAAAAGAAAAAAACGAGAAAAAUUACGAUUACCGUAGGUAUUUCAAGGCAGGAAAGUUUGGAAUCAAACAAUUACAGCGACUGGUGAUGGAUAUGAUGAUGAAAACCAGACAUUUGCCACUUGUCGGCACACAAAAUCACGAGGUCCAAUCGCUGAUGAAGAAGAAAUUAAAUGGAAACUGGCUAGUCGAUACGGCAAGAGAAUAUAACAUUAUGUUCGACGCCACAUUGAUCAGCCCGUUGGAGUAUCCCACUAACAAGGCCAUUCUGUGCUUGAAAGUGUUGACCGGGUUUUUAAAACAGAUUUUACCUAAUAUCCAUCUCAAAGCGGUUAAAUCGUUAGCUAAGCUCAAAUCGUCGAAACUUUUGACACAUUUUCCAUGGUACCUUCUUCACAUCGUUGAAUCAAUGUCAUAUGCUUUUGGCUGUAUUCAUGUGUAGUAUGUAAAUACCAAUCAUGUUUAUUAAAACUCAUUUAUAAAACUUUAUGCGCAAAAUAAUAAUACAUUUGCACUCCAGAUAAAUAUUGUAAUAUUACAACUGUUUAAAAUAAAACAAUAUCAUCCG